UUCGCAAAAUUCAAAAGUGCAAGUCAUUGAGUGGUGAUAAUCGUCAAGGAACAUUUGAACAAUGGAUUGAAAGAAAACAAAUUGAAGAGAAAUGGAUAAAUUUUGUUAAAAAGCAUCAUGAGGAAUUGAUAAAAUUACUUGACAUUGUUGAAGAUGGUUUACCAUCUAAAACCAAAGAGAAAAAAUUAGACCCUUAUUGA